AUGCCUGUACAGCAGAUCACCGUGGUUCCAGCCAGGGACGGCAGCGGCGGCGGGAAGGGAUCAGCACGUUCCAAAGACAAGAGCGAGGGAAAGAAGGCCCCUGGACGCUCGGGAAGUCGAUCCAGCAACAUCUCCAAGGUCAGCAACUCGACUGGACUGCCCAGCGCCUCAAGGACCUCUGUCACCCCGUCUUCUCAAGACAUUUGCAGUUCUGGCCCAUUGUCUCGUUUAGAAGAGGAAGAGUCUGAAGUAAAAAACUCAGGGAGGCACACGAGCUCUUCCACAAUGACAGUAGUCAAUGCCCUGGGCUCCUCCAACACCGGGCCGUGCAAAAAGAAACAGGUGAAGCGCCGCCACCGCCGCAAAGGAACGGGCUGCCCCACCUUCAACUGUGUGGACAGUUCCUCCAAACAGGAGCUGAUGGAGCACAGUGUGAGCUCUGAGAAGGGGGAGAAGAGAGAACAGUCUUCUAAAACCACCAGGGAUCUAACCCCUGGCCUCAGCUGCCCAAGUGCCAAGCACACUGACUCCACCUCAGACGAGGAAACGUGGAGACAGACCCGGAGUUGGAGCAAGGAGAAGGCCAGGAGGGCCCGGCGCCGCAGCACAAGCAGCCAAGACAGAGACAUGGUCCAAGCUUUUGAAAACAAGGUGGAAGCGAUGGAACUACAGUCUAUCAGCUCAGAGGAGGAGAAGGAGAACCAGCUGCUGGAGGAGAACUGUAGCGGAGGUUUGAGGAGUCGUCAUGGAAGCAGGGCCUCCAUGAAACAGGACAAAGAUGUGACCAAAGAUUUGUCAGAGGUGAAGGAGACGUCUCUGAGCAAAGAACAAGAGGAGGAGAAGUCUCACAGCAGCAGCUCCGCACCAGAAGAAGAGGAGCUCCAGGAGCACAUCACCAAGCGCUAUCAGGAGAGAGGCUCAGGGGGCGGAGACAUGUCUGUGCCCACCCCCCAGGCCCACUGCACAGGCAACGGGGUCAACACACUGCCCCCCUGCUCCGACUCGGAAACAGAGGUCUGCAGGAUAUGUCACUGUGAAGGGGAUGACGAGUGUCCAUUGAUUAUGCCUUGCCGCUGCACAGGAAGUCUCAGUUUUGUCCAUCAGACCUGCCUGAACCAGUGGAUCAAGUCUUCAGACACUCGCUGCUGUGAGCUCUGCAAGUUUGACUUCAUCAUGGAGACCAGGCUCAAACCGAUACGGAAGUGGGAGAAGCUCCACAUGUCCAAAGGUGAGAGGAGGAAAAUCUUCUGCUCUGUCCUGUUCCACCUCAUCGCUCUCGGCUGCAUGCUGUGGUCAGUCUACAUCCUGGUCAAAAGAACUGCUGAGGAGGUCCGGUUGGGAAAGAAUGACGAGUUAUGGAGACUUUCUCUUACGAAGCACUACUCGACCGGGGGUGUGCUGGAGUGGCCCUUCUGGACCAAGCUCAUUGUGGUGGCAAUAGGCUUCACUGGAGGACUCAUCUUCAUGUACAUCCAGGGUAAAGUGUACCUGCAGCUGUGGCACCGGCUCAAAGCCUUUAACCGCAUCAUCACUGUGCAAAACUGCCCCGAUAAGGAGCUCCACAACCCCCUGGCCCGUAGGUCUCACCACAGCAGCCCCAGUGUGGAGGUCGGCCCAGCACCUCACCCAGACUCAGACCUGUCCGUGGAGGCUGCUGUGGCCCCAGCACAAAGCCCUGUCUGA